UGGCAGCCAUUACAGUUUAUCGUUAGCCAUCGCAGUGAAAAGUUCGUGUCGUCCUGUAUAACUGAGAGUGAAAAAGUGAAAAUUUGCUGGAGAAAUCAUCCAAAUCGUAGUGAAAAUUGUGCAAAACCGUAACCAAAGCGGAGCUAUAAUUGGUUCGGACUUAAGAACAUACACGCGCAAGAGAAUUGGACGAAGCAAAACUGCUGAUAAUACAACACAACCAUACAAAUAUUAAAUAGAGGCUAAACGUACGUGAACAAGAGUCAACUGUCGAAUACGUUCGAGAAUAUGGAGCAGUUUACCCCCAAGGAGGUAAAAAUCCUCGAAAGUGCCGAGGACAUUCAAGAGCGCCGUGAACAGGUGCUCAAUCGAUACAAUGAGUUCAAGGUCGAAACGCGCCACAAGCGCGAGAAGCUGGAAGACUCUCGUCGCUUCCAGUACUUCAAGCGUGACUCGGAUGAGUUGGAAAGCUGGAUCCACGAGAAACUGCAGGCCGCAUCGGAGGAAAGCUACCGCGAUCCCACCAAUUUGCAAGCCAAGAUCCAGAAGCACCAGGCGUUCGAGGCUGAAGUUUCGGCCCAUAGCAAUGCGAUCGUGGUGUUGGACAAUACCGGUCAGGAGAUGAUCAACCAACACCAUUUCGCUUCGGACACGAUCCAGCGUCGGUUGGAUGAAUUGCACCGUUUGUGGGAACUGUUGCUGUCCCGGCUGGCUGAAAAGGGAAUGAAGCUGCAGCAGGCUCUGGUUUUGGUGCAAUUUUUGCGCCACUGCGAGGAAGUUAUGUUCUGGAUCAAGGACAAGGAAGCCUUCGUAACGGCCGACGAAUUCGGUCAAGAUCUGGAGCAUGUCGAAGUUCUGCAACGGAAAUUUGAUGAGUUCCAAAAGGACAUGGCUUCGCAGGAGUAUCGUGUUACUGAAGUCAACGAGCUGGCUGACAAGCUGCUUUCCAAUGGACACCCGGAGCGGGAAACCAUCACCCGCAAGAAGGAAGAAUUGAAUGAGGCUUGGCAACGUCUGAAGCAGCUGGCAAUUUUGCGUCAGGAAAAACUCUUUGGCGCCCAUGAAAUUCAACGUUUCAAUCGCGAUGCUGACGAAACCGUUGCUUGGAUUGCCGAAAAGGAUGUUGUUCUAUCCUCGGAUGAUUAUGGACGUGACUUGGCUAGUGUACAAGCUCUGCAACGCAAGCACGAAGGUGUAGAGCGUGACCUAGCCGCCCUGGAAGAUAAGGUGGCUACUUUGGGAGCUGAAGCCGGUCGCUUAUGUAGCAUCCACGCCGAUCAUAGUGAUCAGAUUCGCGAGAAGCAAGCGGAAAUUGCUGCCUACUGGCAAUCGCUGACUGCCAAGGCCAAGGAACGCAAGCAAAAACUAGACGAAUCAUACUUCUUGCAUCGCUUCUUGGCUGAUUUCCGUGAUUUGGUUUCAUGGAUCAAUGGAAUGAAGGCCAUCAUCUCGGCUGAUGAAUUGGCAAAGGACGUCGCAGGAGCUGAAGCUUUGCUCGAGCGCCACCAGGAGCACAAAGGAGAAAUCGAUGCCCGCGGAGAUAGUUUCAAGGUGACCACUGAGGCUGGACGUCAGCUGUUGGAACGCGAGCAUUACGCCGCCGCCGAAGUGCAGGAAAAGUUAGCGGCUCUGGAGAGCGACAAGAGCUCCCUUCUGGCUCUUUGGGAAGAGCGCCGCAUUUUGUACGAGCAGUGUAUGGAUCUCCAACUGUUCUAUCGUGACACCGAGCAAGCAGAUACAUGGAUGGCCAAGCAGGAAGCUUUCCUGGCUAAUGAAGAUCUUGGUGAUUCGUUGGAUUCCGUUGAAGCACUCAUCAAGAAGCAUGAGGACUUUGAGAAGAGCUUGGCCGCUCAGGAGGAGAAGAUCAAGGCCUUGGAUGUCUUCGCUACGAAGUUGAUCGAUGGUCAGCAUUACGCUGCCGAUGAUGUCGCUCAACGUCGUUCGAUGUUGCUGGCUCGUCGUUCGGCCUUGCUUGAAAAGUCUUCUGUACGUCGUCAACUGUUGGAAGAUUCCAGUGCUUUGCAGCAGUUCGAACGUGACUGCGAUGAGACCAAGGGUUGGAUCAGCGAAAAGCUCAAGUUUGCUACGGAUGACAGCUAUUUAGAUCCCACCAAUCUGAACGGCAAAGUCCAAAAACAUACCAACUUUGAACAUGAGCUGACGGCCAACAAGAGUCGCAUCGAAGACAUUACUACCAAUGGUCAGAAUUUAGUCGAGAAGGGCCACUACGGAGCGGAUCAGAUCAACUCUCGCAUGCAGGAGAUUGUCACUUUGUGGGAAUCUCUGGUGCAAGCAUCGGACAAGAAGGGUUGCAAGCUGCAAGAAGCAUCUCAACAACAACAGUUUAAUCGUACAGUUGAGGAUAUUGAACUGUGGUUGAGCGAAGUGGAAGGCCAGCUUAUGUCCGAGGAUUAUGGUAAAGACCUAACCAGCGUGCAGAAUCUGCAGAAGAAACACGGAUUGUUAGAAGCUGACGUUAUGGCCCAUCAAGAUCGUAUUGAGGGAAUUAAAGUCGCAGCGAACAAGUUCGUCGAAAGUGGUCACUUUGAUGCGGACAACAUUCGUAACAAGGAAUCUGCUCUGUCCAAGCGAUAUGGAGCUCUCGCUACACCGAUGGCUGAGCGAAAGCAGCGCUUGCUGGAUUCGCUGCAGGUGCAGCAGCUGUUCCGCGAUCUGGAAGACGAAGCAGCUUGGAUCCGUGAGAAGGAGCCUGUUGCCGCUUCCACCAAUCGCGGUCGCGAUUUGAUCGGUGUACAAAACUUGAUCAAGAAGCAUCAGGCCGUGUUGGCCGAGAUCAACAACCACGAGAAUCGUGUCGCAGGAGUCAUUGCAAAUGGUGAGCAAAUGUUGACCGAGCAGCCUUUCGCUACCGAGGAUAUUAAACUACGUUUGGAUGCUGUCAAGGAUCAAUGGAAUUCUUUGAAGGAUAAGGCCAAUCAGCGAAAACAAGAUCUAGAAGAUUCGUUGCAGGCUCAUCAGUACUUUGCCGAUGCUAACGAGGCUGAGUCAUGGAUGCGCGAAAAGGAACCGAUUGUUUCCAACCAGGAUUACGGCAAGGACGAGGAUUCGUCCGAAGCUCUAUUGAAGAAACAUGAAGCGUUGGUAUCCGACUUGGAAGCUUUCGGUAACACAAUUCAGGCUUUGCAAGAACAGGCCAAGAACUGCCGCCAACAGGAAACACCCGUCGUCGACAUAACCGGAAAGGAAUGCGUCAUGGCUUUGUAUGACUAUACUGAGAAGUCUCCUCGUGAAGUGUCAAUGAAGAAAGGAGACGUGUUGACGCUUUUGAACUCGAACAACAAGGACUGGUGGAAAGUUGAGGUCAACGAUCGCCAGGGCUUCGUUCCAGCGGCAUACAUUAAGAAGAUCGAUCCUGGUCUAAGCGCCAGUCAGCAGAAUUUAGUGGAUGGUCACUCAAUUUCUAAGCGCCAGGCUCAAAUCAACAGCCAGUACGACAACUUGCUGGCCUUGGCUCGUGAGCGUCAGAACAAGCUGAAUGAAACCGUGAAGGCGUAUGUUUUGGUGCGUGAAGCAGCCGAUUUGUCCGCUUGGAUUCGCGAUAAGGAAAGCCAUGCUCAGAUCAAGGAUGUUGGAGAAGAUCUUGAGGAAGUUGAAGUUAUGCAGAAGAAGUUCGAUGACUUCAAUGAUGAUCUGAAGGCUAACGAAGUUCGUCUGGCCAAGCUGAAUGAGAUUGCCGUACAGUUGACUUCACUGGGUCAAACCGAAGCUGCAUUGAAGAUCAAAACCCAAAUUCAGACCUUGAACGAGGAAUGGGCAACUUUGCAGACGAUUACCCAGGAACGGGCCAGCCAACUUGGAUCGGCUCACGAGGUUCAACGCUUCCACCGUGACGUCGAUGAAACUAAGGAUUGGAUCGGAGAAAAGGACACCGCUUUGACGAACGACGAUCUUGGCAAGGAUCUGCGUGGCGUACAAACUCUGCAACGCAAGCAUGAAGGCUUAGAGCGUGACCUCGCUGCUCUGCGCGAUAAGAUUCGUCAACUGGAUGAAACUGCCAAUCGGCUCAUGCAAUCCCAUCCGGAAACCGCCGAGCAGACCUACGCCAAGCAGAAGGAAAUCAACGAAGAAUGGCAGCAGGUCGUUGCCAAGACCCAGCAGCGCAAGGAGAAGUUGUUAGAUUCGUACGAUCUGCAGCGCUUCCUGAGCGACUAUCGCGAUCUGAUGGCCUGGAUCAGCUCGAUGAUGGGCUUGGUCACAUCCGAGGAAUUGGCCAACGAUGUCACUGGGGCCGAAGCUUUGAUCGAAAGGCAUCAGAACCAUCGUGCUGAAAUUGAUUUUCGUUACGGUAUCCCGCAGGAACACCGUACCGAAGUGGAUGCCCGCGCUGGAACGUUCGCUGCUUUUGACCAGUUUGGAGCUGAGUUACUGCAAGCUAAUCAUUAUGCCUCACCCGAAAUCCAGGAGAAGAUUGAAAACCUGGCCAAGGCACGCGAGGACUUGGAACAUGCCUGGACCGCUCGUCGUUUGCAGUUGGAUCAGAAUUUGGAUCUGCAGUUGUACCUGCGUGAUUGUGAGCAGGCCGAGAACUGGAUGAGCGCCCGCGAAGCAUUCCUGAAUGCCGAAGAAGUCGACUCUAAAGGCGACAACGUGGAAGCUCUGAUCAAGAAGCAUGAAGAUUUUGACAAGGCAAUCAACGGUCAUGAGGAGAAGAUUGCCGCUCUGCAGGUGCUAGCUGAUCAGCUGAUUGCCCAGGAGCACUACGCCGGAAAGCUUAUCGAUGACAAGCGUGCCGAUGUUCUGGACCGCUGGCGUCACUUGAAGGAAGAUCUGAUUGAGAAACGUUCUCGAUUGGGAGAUGAGCAGACGCUGCAGCAAUUCUCACGCGAUGCUGAUGAGAUUGAAAACUGGAUCGCUGAAAAGUUGCAACUGGCCACGGAAGAGAGCUACAAGGAUCCGGCCAACAUUCAAUCGAAGCAUCAAAAGCACCAGGCCUUCGAAGCUGAGUUGGCCGCCAAUGCCGAUCGUAUUCAGAGCGUCUUGGCUAUGGGAAGCAACUUGAUCGACAAGAAUCAAUGCAGCGGAUCCGAAGAUGCCGUUCAGAAGCGUUUAACUCAGAUUGCUGAUCAAUGGGAAUAUCUGACGCAGAAGACUACGGAGAAAUCCCUGAAGCUGAAGGAAGCCAACAAGCAGCGCACGUACAUUGCUGCUGUCAAGGAUCUGGACUUCUGGUUAGGCGAAGUGGAAAGUCUUUUAACAUCGGAAGAUGCCGGAAAGGAUUUGGCUUCCGUGCAGAAUUUGAUGAAAAAACAUCAGCUUGUAGAAGCUGACAUCCACGCCCAUGAGGACCGUAUCAAGGAUAUGAAUGCGCAAGCUGACUCGUUGGUCGAAAGUGGUCAAUUUGACAGUGCCGGUAUCCAAGAAAAGCGUCAAUCAAUCAACGAGCGUUACGAACGUAUCUGUAACUUGGCUGCCCACCGCCAAGCUCGGUUGAACGAAGCCAACACGCUGCAUCAGUUCUUCCGUGACAUUGCCGACGAGGAAUCCUGGAUUAAAGAAAAGAAAUUGCUGGUCGGCUCGGAUGACUACGGUCGUGACUUGACCGGAGUUCAGAACCUGAAAAAGAAGCAUAAGCGUCUGGAAGCUGAAUUGGCCUCGCACGAACCUGCCAUCCAGGCUGUUCAGGAAGCUGGUGAAAAGUUGAUGGACGUUUCGAACCUGGGUGUUCCAGAAAUCGAACAGCGUUUGAAGGCUCUGAACCAAGCCUGGGCUGAACUGAAGAGCUUGGCCGCCACUCGUGGUCAAAAACUGGAUGAAUCUCUUAUUUAUCAGCAGUUCCUGGCUAAGGUCGAAGAGGAGGAAGCUUGGAUUACCGAGAAGCAGCAGCUGUUGUCGGUCGAAGACUACGGAGAUUCGAUGGCUGCUGUCCAGGGUCUCCUGAAGAAACACGACGCUUUCGAAACUGAUUUCGCCGCUCACCGCGAUCGCUGUGCGGACAUUCAUGACAACGGUCAAACUUUGGUGACCAACAACAAUCAUCACGGCGAAAGCAUUUCGCAGCGUUGCACACAACUGGAUAAGAAACUGGAGAAUCUACAGGCGUUGGCCACUCGUCGCAAGAAUGCUCUUCUGGACAACUUUGCCUACCUACAGUUCAUGUGGAAGGCCGAUGUGGUGGAGAGCUGGAUUGCUGAUAAGGAAAAUCACGUCAAGUCGGAGGAGUUUGGACGUGAUUUGUCCACUGUUCAAACACUAUUGACGAAACAGGAGACAUUCGAUGCUGGUCUCUCUGCCUUCGAACAGGAAGGAAUCCACAACAUCACCGCCUUGAAGGACCAAUUGAUCAACGCCAAUCACGCCCAAUCGGCCGCCAUUCUGAAGCGCCACGAAGAUGUGUUGACCCGCUGGCAAAAACUGCGUGCCGAUUCGGAGGCUCGCAAGUACCGCCUGUUGGCCAUGCAGGAACAAUUCCGUCAGAUCGAAGACCUCUAUCUGACAUUUGCCAAGAAGGCUUCCGCUUUCAAUUCGUGGUUCGAAAACGCCGAAGAAGAUCUCACCGAUCCGGUGCGGUGCAACUCGAUCGAGGAAAUCAAGGCCCUGCGUGAAGCUCACGCCCAGUUCCAGGCCUCGCUGUCGUCGGCCCAGUAUGACUUCCAAGCGUUGGCCGAUUUGGAUCGCAAGAUUAAGAGCUUCAACGUUGGUCCCAAUCCGUACACGUGGUUCACCAUGGAAGCGUUGGAAGAUACCUGGCGUAAUCUGCAAAAGAUCAUCGAAGAACGCGACGCUGAAUUGGCCAAGGAAGUUCAUCGCCAGGAAGAAAACGACAAGCUCCGCAAAGAGUUUGCUAAGCAUGCUAACUUGUUCCACCAGUGGUUAACUGAAACUAGAUACAGCAUUCUGGGAUGGGACAAAUAUGGAACUUCUCUAAUGGAAGGAUCCGGUUCGUUGGAAGAGCAAUUCGAAGCGCUCUGCCACAAAGCAAAUGAAAUUCGCGCUCGCCGUGGAGAUCUGAAGAAGAUUGAAGAACUGGGAGCCACCUUGGAAGAACAUCUCAUCUUGGACAACCGCUAUACCGAACACUCAACAGUGGGCCUUGCACAGCAGUGGGAUCAGCUUGAUCAACUUGCCAUGCGCAUGCAGCACAAUCUGAAGCAGCAGAUCCAAGCCCGCAAUCAAUCUGGCGUCUCGGAAGACUCUCUCAAGGAAUUCUCAAUGAUGUUCAAGCAUUUCGACAAGGACAAGAGUGGCAAACUCAACCACCAAGAGUUCAAAUCCUGCCUACGCGCCCUCGGUUACGAUCUACCGAUGGUAGAGGAAGGCCAGCCCGAUCCGGAGUUCGAGGAAAUCCUGAACGUAGUCGAUCCAAACCGCGAUGGACACGUUUCCCUGCAGGAGUAUAUCGCCUUCAUGAUUUCCAAGGAAACGGAGAACGUCCAAAGUUACGAGGAAAUCGAGAACGCUUUCCGCGCUAUCACCGCCUCCGACCGUCCUUACGUCACCAAGGAUGAACUGUAUUCCAACCUCACCAAGGACAUGGCGGACUACUGCGUCCAGCGAAUGAAACCGUUCAACGAUCCGAAGACGGGACAUCCCAUCACCGGCGCCCUCGACUAUGUGGAGUUUACGCGAACCCUGUUCCAAAACUAAUUUCCCAUUUCGUCGAACGAUAACAUAUUACCUUUUCAGCUAAUAAAGAAUGUUCGUACUCGUAUUAAGCGCAAGAAACCCAGUUGGCUUAUUAUAUUGAUUUUAUUUUAUUCUGCAAUAAUCCUUGAAUAUGAAAGCACUUUUAAAAAUUCAUCUGCUGAUCAAUUUAAAAUGCUUUUGAUGUUUCGAAACUACAAUAUAAGAAACGUUGAAUUUUUCUAGUUCAUAAGAAAGAGCACAGCAGUUCUUUGCUUCAUGAUUGCAAAUCUAGUAUUUUAGAGUAAUGUUCUGAUCAAUUUCUGGGCACAAGGAAAUUGGCUUUGAAUAUUGACAUUCACCGAAAAAAUAAAAUUGAUGAACGAUCGACACAACAUAAUAUCAAACGAAAUAUUUGACGAAGAAUUUGAAGCUUAAAACAACAAACCAGUAAUAGCAAAUGAAAAGCAUUUAGAUUGAUGAGCGACAUUUUAGAUGAAGCGACGACUAGCAGCUAUGUAGCAGCUUUGAAGUAUUUCAGAUAUUUAUUACCUAUAUAACCAUAUAUGCAUUUCCUAUCUAUUUAUUCUGAAAUAAAAAGCAAUUGCAUGAAUGCGA